AUGUUAAGCACUUUACAAUUGUCGAAUCCCUUUGAUUCAAAGUAUAGGAAGAUGUAUUCUUCAUUAAGAGCUAAAUCAUUUCCGUCAUCUUCAUUGAUAUCUAACCAUAACCAGCAACAACAUCAUAAGCAUCUAAUAUCAAUAUACCAUGAGAUUUACAUAAUGUUAUGCUUACUAGAUGAUUUGUUCAAGUAUGAUAUAUUAGACAUUGAAACUAUAUCGAAGUGUCAUGAAUACUUGAAAAAUGAGUUUCGUUAUAAAAAAUUGAAUCAUCAUUCAACACGGAUUAAUUAUCAUAUACGCAAAUAUUUGGAGUUUUUACGAGUGAUAAACCCAAUGGAUGACACUACAGCCACGAGCACAACCACAAUUACAACCAUAUCUUCAGUUACGCUGGCAACGGCUGCACUAAAAGCCAAGGCCGUUUUUGAAGACGAGGAGACGGAGUGUUGGUUUAUAAACGAUGAGAUUCCAAGAGUUGUUAAGAUGUAUAUUAAAUCAACAAUUUCGAUAUUUGAAAGAUACCUUGACUUGAUGAUAUUUGAUAAUUGUGCCAUACUGGAUUAUUGUAGCAAUGGUAGCGGUGGUGUAAAUGGUGAUUGUGUUAUGCUGCUAAAUUAUAACAGUGAUGGAGGUUCAUGUAGUGAUGAGGGUGAUAUUAGCUGUUAUAUGGUAUAA